AUGGCCGCCACAUCACUAGAAGACCGAGCACUGCUCCAGUUUGAUAGACUGCUCAAAGAAGGCGAACUUCUCUGGACUGAAAACUCCCCACGUCGCAUUGAGGGCGAACCAUUCGAUUUCGAGUUCCGGGUGUCGGCCAGCCUCCAAUCCAAACCCCAAGACAGAGAACAAUCCAAAUCCACCUCCUCCCACGCCUUCCCCGACAGCGAUGGCGACUGGACGCUCGGCAACAUCAACCACACGCACAAACUCAUCCUCAACAAAUUCUGCGUCAUGCGACCCCAAUUCGUCCUUCCAACUCUCGAAUUCCAGCCCCAAAAAGACCCUCUGAACGCCCACGACUUCCAAGCCGGAUGGGACGUUCUCACCCAACUUCCCCCACACAGCUACAUGAUGAUUUUCAACUGUGGAAUCGACGCAGGCUCCUCUGUUGGCCAUAAACACCUUCAAAUCAUUCCUCAAGCUCAGCCUCAUCCGAAGAAUUUCCUCCAGCUUCUGAAAAAAGAUGAAGCUGCCGGCUACCAUACUGUUCCCUCUUGUCCCUUCCGCCACGCAGCGUAUGCUCUUCGUGAUCUCGACCAGACGACGACGACGAUCAGUGGCCCCAAUCUCGAAAAAAUAUACUCCCAAUUCGCCCACACGCUGGACAUGAAACCCGAGCAAGCGCAUAAUGUCAUUCUGACACACGAGUAUUUGCUGCUGAUUCCGAGAACGAAGGCGUGGAUUCAGGUGGGAGAGGAGGCGAGUUCGAAGAUUUCGGCGAAUGCGGCGGCGAUGAUGGGGUUGGUAUAUUCGUGGAGUGAGGAGCAGUUUCGGUCGUAUUUGGAGUUUGGACCGAUGAGGGCGUUGGGGGAGAUGGGUGUGAAGGUGUGAAUACCUUGCAUUUGGGAAGAUGGGGAUGGAGGGUGGGUGGUGAAAAAUGUUGCAAAUUCAGGUAGAGGAAAAGUGUCGAAAAGGAAUUGUGUAUAGAUAGAUAGAUCGAUAGAUGUACAUGUAGACGAGACGUUUGAACGACGGCUCGCAAUGUUUAGUCGUAUGCUC